CUUCAUAGAGAAGUAGAAGAUAGGAUUACUUGAAAAGAUUGCUCUUCUUGACGUUGUAGAUUCACCAGAGCUCGUUGCCAUUAGCGAUCAAACUAAAACUAGACUUCCGGUUAGAAUCAAUCUACGUUCAGGAUCAUCCUCUAUGAUUCCCACCGAAAUGGUUAGUUCAAGUCCAACAUCAAGUGCAUUGAGUGUUCCAGUUCUUGAUUCAUCAAGCAAUCUAGCACUUACUAGUAGCUCAACUCCAGCUAUCUCCGAGUCUACUUCUGCAUCUGACAUCGGGUCCUCAAGUUCUCCAGAAUUUGGCACAUCAAGUGCUCCAAUGUCUGAUGCUUCAAGUGAUUCCACAUUUACCUUUUGCAUACUUCCUCCUCUCUCUGUGUGUCCUACAUCUGCUUUCGGGUCCCCAAGUCCUCUAGCAUUUGAUGGAUCAAGUGCUUCAGGGUUUGGUGCAUCAAGUGCUCCAAUGGUUGGUUCAUCAAGCACUUCCGCAUUUACUUCAAGCUCAACUGAUCCGGAAUUUGGUGAAUCAAGUGCUCUAGGUUUUGAUAUAUCAAGUGUUCCAAUUUUAGGCACAACUCCUGUCUCUUGUCAGUCUAUUUCGGCAUCUGCUUCUGGAGCUUCAACUUCAAAUGCUCCAGCGUCAGCUACCUCAAGCACUCCAACAAUUACUAGCAGCUCAGUUCCUGCCUUCAGUACUUCUGCAUCUCCUUUUGGUGCCUCAAGUUCAUUAAGUGAUCCAGAAUUUAUUUCUAGCUCAACUUCUGCCCUGUGCCAAACUACUUCUACGUCUGCCUUUGGAGCAUCAAGCGCUCCAACAUUUAUUAGUAGCUUGAACCCUGCCGUCUCUCAGGCUAAUUCUACAUCAGCUUUUGAGGCUCCAGCAUCUGGUGGUUCAAUUGCGUCAGGGUUUGGGAGCUUCACUGAUAUUGCAUCUUUAUCUACUCCUUCAAAUACCCUUCCUUUUGGCUUUUCAUUUGCCACUCCAAUAUGCUUCGAUGGUUCUAGUGUAUCUGCUUCUACAUUGGGUAGCUCCAACAUAUCUGGACUUGCUUCAUUUGGUUCUGGAAAGCAAGGUUCCCCGUUUGCUGGCUAUAGAUAUGAUCAAGCUGCCGGCGGUAUUACAUAUGGUGUUUCCACCAGCAACCCUACAAGCUUUGGAGCAACAUCUACAAUUCACUCUUGUCCAUUGCCAGCAUCUUUUUCUUCUUCUCCUCUGCUCUGUUCAUUACCUUCUGGUUCAUCAUCUGCCCAGGAUCACACACAGGCAACUCCAUCAACUAUUCCAUUUGUAAACACAACAUCAUCUCCUACUGGCAUACUACCUGUCCUGAAUGUACCAAAUAUCCAAUUAUUCCCAUUACCUCAACUUGUAGCACCCACUUUCCAGCUGACAAAUGCAGUUGCAGGACAGGGUAUUUCAUUUGUGCAUGGUAUUACGCCACAGUCUUACACAUUGGGCAUGCCUAUUGCACCUGCGUUUGGGCAACUGGUGUUUACAAGCCUGCCGCUGCAGUAUCCAGGUCAUGUAACCGGAUCUGGACAAAGCAUCGGUCUCCUGGCUCUUCUUCAGCCUAUAUGUGCGUUUUCUGUUGACAACAGUGCACAGUCACCACCAUCAGGUGUUGGUUCUGGGACACCGACGGGGACAAAUGGGAGCAGUUGAAGCAUUUUCAGCAGGGUAUUUGUGAUCAAAAUUUUCAACUUUCCCCACUUGACCUGAGGAGGCAAUGUUAUUAAAAAUUUUGUUAUCAUAGAAGAGCUGCUGCCAUGAUCUAGGAAACCCUUUAUUACUGCUUUCAAACCUCUAUAGUGUUUCUUCAAUAGGAAAUCUCCAACUAUGGAUCAAUGACGUCUAAUAGGCUUGCACUAAAAGUUUAAUAUCGUGCAAGAUAUUGAUAGGUUAAGGCUUCUGUAAGACCGUAGGAGAGUAACCUGGUCGAUAUUACAAUGUUCAAUGCCAUCCCCAAUUACAAGUCUGGAAAACAAAAUUCACCUAAAAAAUGAUACUAACAUGAAAAUGGCCCAUGCAGGUCUCGAACCUGCGACCUUCGCGUUAUUAGCAC